GAAGAAGCAUCAGCUCCGAUUGGCUCACAGUCUCACACUUUCGCUACUCCAAGUCCACUAGGCAGCACCGCACCGGGAAGGACAAGAGAUGGCCGGCGCAACCAAGGCGUCUUGGAUGGUGGCGAUGAGCGUCGGCGCCGUUGAGGCGCUCAAGGACCAGGCCGGACUCUGCCGCUGGAACUACGCGCUCAGGUCCAUCCACCGGGCCGCCAAGACCAAGGCCAGCGUCCGCGCCACCGUCUCGCAGGGCAAGAAGCAGCUUCCUGCCUCCGCGGCGGCGGUGGUGGAGAAACGGCGAGCGGAGAAGGCCGAGGAGGGGUUGAGGACCGUCAUGUACCUCAGCUGCUGGGGUCCCAAUUAGUAGCUGCAACGGUUUGCUAGCCAGGCCUGUGUUUGUGUUUGCUGCAACAAUCAUGGCAUCAAACUCAGCUGGUUGCUCCCCCAUUGUAAUAUACCACCAUGAUGAUGAUGAUGAAAACUUUGGCCACGCAGUUUCUCUUA